AUGGCCCAUUACCAGAAUAAGGUCCGACAGGGACAGAAUAGAAUUGAAGACAUAGGAGGCUCUCAAAGUGAUACGCUCGAUACUAUUGAUCAAACGCCUGCGGUGUCCCAAACCCUCGGUGCAAGCCAUGGCCCAGGUUCUCUGAUUCUGGUAUCCAUCUACACCGCAGAGGAGACUACUACCCGCCCCAUUAUUCCAGGAAGUUACCAAAUUGACGCUGUUCUCCUCGGUUCAUCCCCAUUUGAGCCCGAGUCAACGAGUCUCUCAUCUCACCACGCUGAUUGUCGUCUCCCUCCCCCGGUGCAUCUUCUCGAACCCUUAUACGCAUUGCUGCAGAGAUAUGACUUUGGGAUACUGUUAUCACGAGCUGGAGCUAGAAUAUUUCUGGCCCGAAGGGUUGCCGUUCCAGCAGACGAGGAAAACCAGCGUUUGACUGGUCCUGAGGCGAAUAUUAUAGAGUUAGACGAACACGAUCACCUUGAAUGA